AUGACCACCCGCAGCACCAGGAGCAACCGAAGCGGCUACGCUCGCGAAGUCAUGACCGACGGCGAUGUCUACGUCUUCCUUCUCCAGGUCGCCUAUCAUGCACACCUCUCGCAGGCCCGCAGGGAAGCAAAGGCGAAAGCCAAGGAGACGCUCGCAUUGUCUCCGAAUCCAACAGGCUCUCUGUCCGCCGCUACCUCUGCGUCGGCAAAGAAAGCUUCGGAAAGCUCCAAAAGUGAUAGCUGGAUGGGGUUCGCCGGGCUUGGAGACAUGAUCCGUGAUGUCGGCGGGUCCUCCAAAUCAGCGCGCUUCCCAGAGAAGCUCAUAAAGCGUCUCAACGAUCGUCUGGAGCUUAUAGCCAUGGGGCGGGACACCAACUACAAGGAUCAGAGCUUGCGGCAGACCAUCGGCAUCUUCUACGGCACUUUCAAGGAAGCCUCGUUCCAGAAGCAGAUGAAGGAGAAUCGCAAGAUCGAAGAGCUCAUCCUCAUCUUCGUCACCACGGCCCAGGGCAGUCUCAAGAAGAGAUCGGCAGGCGACGAAUGGAAGCAGGAGCUCAACAACCAGGUCGGCCACUUUGUCAACAUCAUCCGCGAGUGUCUCAAGACGGUCAGCAGCGUACCGAGAGAACUCACGGAGCGUCUUGAAAGCUAUUCGUCCAAGCUGGCGCCCUCGGCAUCCUCAGCCUCGGUGUCCUCACCAGCAGCGGUCUCGUCAGGCUCCAAUGGAUACGCAGCAGCGAAGGACUACAUGAGCGCAUCAGCUAGUGCCAGUCGUCGAACCAGCUCCGCAAGUACGGUCCCAACUUUGUCGAAUCCUCUCGCAGAUUCGACCAUGGUCCGUACUGUUGGCGCCCUCUUCUCGGUCGAGCUCAGCCAGCUCAGCCAGGAUAUCGAGUUCGUGAAAAAGACAUGCACAGAGCAAGCCGCUAUGACCGACCUAAAACGAUGCGUCAAGAACAUCAACCUACAACAGCCUUGGCCAGGGCGGAAGGAGGACUUUGCAUCGGAAGAAGCAUAUCAGCAGUGGAGGACGCAGGAGCUCUCGUCGUUGUCGCAGAUCAUGAUGGAGAUGUGCCAGAACAACCCAGAGCUUCUCAAGAGCACUUCGAAGGAUGUGCCAGGUCUCUCCCCCACGCGACCCUCCGCUUCUCGUCCCGAGUCGUAUGCCGGCGCAAGCGCAAGCGGAACACCCAGCACCGAGAACGCUUCCGACACAGCAACGCCAGACGCCGAAUUUGCAGGUCUCUCGGUCGACUCUGCGGAUGACGACGUCUUUGCCAACUUUGUCUAUAUUCCACCAGAUCCGCGCGCAUACUACCACCGGGCGCUCGAGAUCUGCAUCGACUACGACCUCGAAAUGAUCAAGCACCAGCCGGAGGAGGAAGAGGUCUCGCUCAGCAUUCUUUCCAAGAGCCACGUCGCGCUGCUCGCCGAUUGCGCCGAACGCUGGCGACUGGCAGCACCUUUCGUCAGCGUGUCGCACCUGGACGUCAUCAAGGCCAAGUACGACAACGGAGAGGUGCCGCUCGAUUGCGUGUCCGAGUCGCUUGGCUCCGUGACGCGCACCCUGUCCGAAGUCGAUUUUGCCUACUGGAUGCAGGAGGAGCAGGCGAAGCUCGUUAAGCUGUACACUUCGCUGUUCGAGUCAUUUCUUCGAUACCUCUACGAGACGUUUCAGGACAUUCACAAUGUCGAGACGGACGACAUCCAACCCUAUCUGGCCAUGGUUCAGGAUCUUCAUGCCACUGGCUUCGUACGGCAAGACAAGCGGCUCGAAGCGGAAGCCAUCGCGCUCGAGUCGCAUGUUGAGGAGCUCAAAGACGCGAUACGGAUCAUGGCCAUCCAUGAGUACACGUCCAAGACCACCGAACUCUUCUCCGAGGUGGUGACCAACGAAGUCGUGCCGCUCGUGCAACUGCUCGACUGGCUCGAGAAGGGGGCUAAGCGGCUGGACAAACGGUAUCCAGAACCCAUCUUGGGCUCGGUCGACGCGGUCUCGUUGCUCCUAGAGAAGCAGGUGCCACUGUUCCUCGACGACCUCGACUCGAUGAAGCAGCAAGUGGUCGACCACGCCACGCGCGAAACCGACCCGCUCGCAUUCGAAGACAUCUUCACCCUCUACAAUCGCGUCAAAGCGCUGCUGCGCAUGUAUAAGGCCUUCUGCCCCGACAGCGCUGCCGCCACCUUCAGCCUCACCGACUGGUUCGAGCCGCACAUCCGGCACUGGCUCAUGAACUCGGAAAAGAAGACCGCAGAGUGGGUGCACAACGCCAUUGUCAACGACACCUUUACGCCCAUCGACAGCGAAGGUGCGGUGCACAGCAGCAGCAUCGACGACCUCUUUGGCGCCCUUCAGCAACCGGUCGAUUUUGUGCUCGGACUCAAGUGGCCCGACGCCUACCAGAAUGCUCGCUUCCUCACCACGCUCAGCAAGAUCGUCAGCCGCGCGGUCGAGCAGUACUGCAGCCGCGUCGAGGAGAUGUUUAUGGAAGAGAUGUUCCCGCGCACGGCUGAGGACCAGGACAUGGCGCAGAAGCAGUCCGCCUGGAUGGUCAAGGCCAAGCAGACGCUCUCUGGCGAGAAAAAGGUGGAGCCGUUCCAUUUCCAGUCCACCUCGUGCGUGCGACUCAACAACAUCGAGGCGGCCCGCGUGCUGUUGGACAAGCUCUACCAGAAGAUCGACGCGGACAAGCAGGCGGAGAUCGUCAAGCGACACGCACCGGAGGUACCGGACAAGCGGGCCAUUGGACGCUUCAUUUUCAGCAUCAAGAUCGUGCUCGGCGAGAACCUACAGCCUGUGCGCGACUCGGGGGUAAACCGGAUCGACUCGUUUGUUACCCUCAGCGACGAGAGGGGGCAGAAGAUCGCCAAGACCCGCACGAUCUACGAGACCUCGGCGCCGAGGUGGGACGAGGUGUUUGACGUGCACGUCGAGCAGCCCAUGUGGCUCGCCGCGACCGUGUGGGAUCGCAAGCUGAUCGGGGAUCACAACCUGUGCGGACGCGCCUACCUGCGUCUGGAUCCGAGAUACUUUGGUGACUUUGUGUCGCACGAGCUGUGGAUGGAUCUCGACACGCAGGGGCGGCUGCUGUGCCGCGUUAGCAUGGAGGGCGAGCGCGACGACAUUCUCUACCAUUUCGGUCGAGGCUUCCGCUCGCUCAAACGAGCCGAGAGCGAUAUGGUUCGGAUCAUUGUCGACAAGAUGUCCGUGUUCAUCCGUCAGUGUCUGUCGCGCUCGUUGCUCAAAACGCUGGUCAAAACGAGCGGGAUCAACCUCGACAAGGCGAUUGGCAACGUCAAGGCUCUCUACGCCUCGGCGCUGGCCAGUACGAGCGCCAACACGUCCAUGAUCCCCCCCGUCGAGAGCGAGGCCAAACCCAAGAACCGGCCCGUCCAGCUUACGGACCACGAGAUCGAGUCGGCCAUCAUCCCGCUCUUCGACUACCUCGACGAGUGUCUUGCGACCCUCAAGGGAAGUCUCUCGGAGCACGAAGCGCUGUUGGUACUCACCAAGGUCUGGAAGGAGGUUCUCAACAUUAUCGAGUCGAUCCUCGUCCCACCUCUCUCGGAUUCACCCUCCAGCAUGUCCCAACUCUCCGACAAGGAAGUGGAUAUCGUCUUCAAAUGGCUUUCGUUCCUCAAGAACUACUUUCACGCCUACGACACCGAAACCAACAUCACGCACGGUGUCCCGCUCGAUGUCCUGCAAGGCCCGAAAUACCGCGAGAUCCUCUCCUACCUGCUGCUACACGAUCAAUCGACGGACGAACUGAUGAUCGAAUGUGUGCGCGGGAUGCAGCUCAAGAUGCGUCGGUCGGGCACCCAACGCGGGGCGAAGAACAAGAGCGUCUUGAACCAGCGUUCGUUGGGGACGAUCAAGAAGAGGAAGCAGGAGAAGAAGGAGGAGGAUGGCGAGGCGACGGCGAAUGGGAGUUUGGAUAUGGCGAUGAAGCUGUUGCGGAUGCGACCGGGGACGGGGGAUUUUUUGCAGCAGCAGAUGGCGACAAUGCACAUGAUGCAGAGUGCGGCGGUGGGGGCGAGUCCUGCGAGGGGUUCGGUUGCGGGAAGCGGAGGUGGAGGAGGCGGGUCGGCAGGCAACGGAGGAGGAGGUGGGGGGAGACAGACGAUGGAGAUGCGACUCAAUGCGGCGGCCAAGCGCGAGAGUCGAUUGCCACCCAUGCCGACGGCGUCGCAGGGGUUGCAAGGUCCAGCGCACAUUGGAGCGCCAAAACAGCAGCAGGGAUACCAGUUGAGGGAUGAUCCCAUGCCGACACACGCACCCUCCGGGCCUCGUUCGCCAGGCGGACCAUCGCUCGCGGGAGACCGAACCUCGAUGGCGGUCUACGGAGAUCAGCCAGACACGCCGACGCGGAGAAGCUCGAGACAGCUCCCUCGCACAGGGACCAAGGGUCCCAGAUCCCAGGGCGGGGGCGAUUCUGUGUACAGUCGGAUAUCGAGGCAAUUGUGA